AUGUUACCUCUCCCUAGUCGACAGAGAUUUCAUUCGUGCUGUCUGUGUGAUAGCACUUGCUUAGCUUUCUUUCACGGUUUACUCUCCCUCCCUCAUACACAUUCUCUCUAUUUCUCUUUAAUACCCCCCUCUCUAAUAUCUCUACUUCUCCCGCUAUCUCUCACACACCGACUAUCUACAAUAAAUGAGUUUAGUAAAAGUAUAGGAGUACCAGAAGAAUGGGAGUUUACCGAUGUUUAUGGUACAGAUGAAGCGUUAUUGGCUAUGGUACCCAAGCCAGUUAUUGCUGUUAUGCUUCUGUAUCCGCUAACCAAAAAUGCUACAGAUAACCAAAUUGGUUCUGUGAAGGAAUCCACUGACUUGUAUUUUAUUAAACAAACUAUUGGAAAUGCUUGUGGAACUAUUGCUUUAGUUCAUGCACUGGCAAACAAUGCAAACCAAAUUAGCUUCAAAUCUGAUGGAUACAUGAACAAAUUUCUAGCAGAAACGAAAUCCAUGUCCCCAGCAGAAAAAGCUUCAUACCUGGAAUCUAACAAGGAAAUGGGAGUUGUUCAUGAAGAUUGUGCUCAAGAAGGACAAACUCAAGCUCCUCCUCGGGACCAAGCUGUCAUUCGUCACUUUGUUACAUUUGUCUGUCAUAACAAUACUUUAUAUGAACUUGAUGGUCGAAAAGAAGGGCCAGUCCAUCAUGGAGAGACCACAAAAGGCAGCCUUCUUGAGGAUGCUGUUAAAAUUGUGAGCAAAUUCAUUGAACGAGAUCCAGGCGAGAAUUUGUAUAUAAAAAUUGCUUCCCCAAUAUACUUCAUAUCUAUCUAUCUAUCUAUCUAUCUAUCUAUCUAUCUAUCUGAGUGUGUGCACAUAUUAUCCAUGGUUCAAUAUCGACAGCAAAUACAUUCUAAAAUAAGCUACGGGUUUAUUAAUUCCUCUCUCUCUCUCUCUCUCUUUCUCUCUCUCUCUCUCUCUCUCUCUUUCUCCCUCUCACACAGACACGCAUAUAUUUAG